AUUCAGAAUCCCGCCCGCAGUCUGAGCCCCCAGCGCAGGCCGGGAUGUUCGUUCUCGUAGAGAUGGUGGACACCGUGCGGAUCCCCCCGUGGCAGUUUGAGAGGAAGCUCAACGACUCCAUUGCUGAGGAGCUGAACAAGAAGUUGGCCAACAAGGUCGUGUACAACGUGGGACUCUGCAUCUGUCUGUUUGACAUCACCAAACUGGAGGAUGCCUACGUGUUCCCAGGGGAUGGUGCGUCACACACCAAAGUCCAUUUUCGCUACGUGGUGUUCCAUCCGUUCCUGGACGAGAUUCUGAUUGGGAAGAUCAAAGGCUGCAGCCUGGAGGGAGUGCACGUCUCUCUAGGGUUCUUCGAUGACAUCCUCAUCCCUCCGGAGUCGCUACAGCAGCCAGCCAAGUUUGAUGAGGCAGAGCAGGUAUGGGUGUGGGAGUACGAGACGGAGGAAGGAGCGCAUGACUUAUACAUGGACACCGGUGAGGAGAUCCGCUUUCGGGUAGUGGAUGAGAGCUUUGUGGACACGUCCCCCACAGGACCCAGCUCGGCCGAGGCCACCUCUUCCAGUGAGGAGCCGCCAAAGAAGGAGGCCCCGUACACACUUGUGGGAUCCAUCAGUGAGCCAGGCCUGGGCCUUCUCUCCUGGUGGACCAGCAACUAGCCCUGGGGCCCACAGUGGACCCUGCCCAUUGGCAGACCCCGCCCCAGCCCUAGGAAGGUGGUGCGGCCAGCUGUGAAGACCACAGCAGCUGAGGCUGAUGCUACCUGCAGCUGGACAGGGAGAGAGGGACCAGAAGUGCCUGCCAGCAUGUGCCCCAUGCCAUCUCUGGUCCUGCUCCUUGCAGAGGUGCUACUGAAGUCCUGCCAUCCCCACGGACUUCUGGCUUUCAGCAGAGACAAUAAACAAGGUCAGCAUCAGUAGGGAAGGGCCACCCUUGUCUUAACGGUCGACGUCAUGACGUAAGGUUAGUGAGUUGCCGUAGCAUGUCCUCCCUCACCCCAGAUCACUCGUGCAAAUGGCAGGGCUUGGGGGCUGUGGGAUCCAGGCUGCCUCAGGCUGGGCUUUGGGCCCUGGAAGCUGCCAGUUGCUAACUGGGUCUGAACAUUAAGGAGCAACCACCUUCCCACCAGCUUUAGAAGAAAGAGUAACCUGAGUCAGCCAAACUAGCUCCUGCUCAAUAAGUGGAAGCCGUGGACUCCAGUGACCAUACUGUGUCAUCUCCCUCCGUGUCAUGGUACAGCAGGAAGCCUGGGGCCAGCUGACACUCAGAUGUCAGCCACUGCCAUGAGCACCCCGCAGGUCCACUGGCGACACCCUGGAUCUGGGCCCUACAUCACUUGCUCAGGAGAAUGGUUUUGCCAGCUUCCUCCUGCCCUUUCUCCCAUGUCUGCUGACACCAGGACACUGGUUUUGCAUGACAGGUCCAGCUGUGGCUACCUCCACUGGUCUUUCCUGAAAAGACCCUUCCUGAACCCUGGAAUUGAUGACAGACGACACAGACAUUAACCACUCACUUAUAGGAACGGUCACUGAAUUUGGAUUGUUAUUUUCCUUGCAAGAGCAAAAGGUUCUCUAAAAUCCUCAGCCACAAGUGAAAUGAUGAGGAAGGACAAAAACUUCUUUAGGUGGAAGUCUUGCCAUCAAAAAUAAAUACAGUUGCAUGGAGCUGCUCAAGAUCUGAACCAAACU